GGUCUUUAUGUCUUUGUGGUUUAUUUUAUCCUGCACAACCAACUUUGCUGUCCUGUGAAAGCAAGUUAUACUGUAGACAUGAAUGGCCAUACAACUCCAGGAUCAGCAUUUUUCACACAUGGCAGUGGUCUACCAGCUGCAGGUGGAGAGAUCAGCAAGUCCACGCAGAACCUCAUCAGUGCUAUGGAAGAGGUGCCUGCAGACUGGGAGAGGGCAUCCUUACAACCUGCUAGUCAAGCUAGUGCUGCCUUUAAGCAGAGUCCACAAAAUGGCAAUGUUUUUCACACUUCUGGAGGAUUUAGUACCAGCUCAUUGGUUGCUGAUGAGGAAUCACAGGAGUUUGAUGACCUAAUAUUUGCAUUAAAGACUGGUGCAGGUCUCAGCAUCAGUGAUAACGAGUCUUGUCAUGGCAGUCAGGACGGUGGCAGCAUGGCUAACUCCCAGAUCGUAGAGCUUAGAAGAAUACCCAUAGCAGACACUCACCUCUAACUCCACAAUGUGCUUGGUUUUUUUCUGGGGUUUUUAUUAUUAUUAUUCAAGCCUCAGUAUUUUUAUAUUUGUACUUCCUUUUGCACUAAAACACUACAUAUAACUGUAGUAGAAUGCUGUGGGCUUUACUGAAGGUUUGACAAGGAAUGUUUGCUUGAGGUUUUGUAUAUCAGAAAACAA